AUGAGAAUUACUUUGAGUCUGUCUGCUCUGAUGUUGGUCCUGUUGGCCGUAUCCGUUUCUGGCUACAGCAGCUCCUCCGGCGCCAAGAUUUGCGUCAUUAAUAACUGCAAUUACAACUCAACGACGAAUGCUUGUGGUCGGUAUGGACGCUCCAAUCUGUGUCGACGCUUCACCAACAGUUGCCAAUUGCGUUACGAGGCCUGCAUCAGUUCGCCCAGCUACACCGCAGUGGCCCUUAGCAAAUGCACCAACAUCAAAGUGGGUUAUCGUCGCGCAUGUUAUGGUUCGUCAUCAUCGUCAUCGUACUCCUCCUCCAGCUCGAAUGUUGUACCCAUUAUCAUACGUAGGGGUUGA